AUGUCGGAUGAGGAUGAUGGCCAAACGCAUGAUGCCAUGUCGACCAUCUCGGACAGAUCUUCUAAGACCUUGUCCACGAUUUCUCCGAACUCCCAAACCCUCCAAGAUGCUUUUUCUAUCGAGCAGAGGACAGCCAGAAUAUGGCAAUUUGGCAACCUGGAAGCAUUGAACCUCUACCAGAUAUCCAGGCGGGAUAACGAACACGCGCUGAUAUCUUCGGAUCACGAAGAUACUGCGGCAGAGCGUCUAGAUGAUUCGCUUACGAUUACGACCAAUGGCGCGCUUCAUACUAACAAGACAAAUGAGCUCGACAUGUUCGAGCAGAAUGAAGAAAGCCAUGGUAUUUUUUUCACCACGGACCCUACGCAAACUUUAGGUUCACAAGCGUCGGAAUGUCUGAGCCCCAGCCUGAUAAACUCACCCAUCAACACGAACAUAAAUAUAGACGAGUUUACGACACUGGCGGAGCAUUUGGAUAUAAUCAAAUGCAUCUUGACGAACUCCAACAUUGACCUUUAUUUCAAGCACUGGCAUGCCAGAUGGCCACUGCUGCACGCACCUUCUCAAGGCAGUGAGGACGUACCGCUGGGAUUACAGUGUUCGAUGGCAUUAUUGGGAUCAAUGUUGAAAAACGGCGGUCACGUUUCCGACGAAGCUAAACAACUGCAUGAUUGUCUCUGGAAUGAUCUAAUGCAAAAGAUACCAUUGUGUAUGACCGGAAAGUCCUGCUUACCGCUCUAUCAACAAGCUAUCCUUAACAUUCUUCUUGCGAUGCUCAUUGGAGAAACCCCUCUGCUCAGGAACGCCUACCUUCUUCUAAACACACUUGUUUCUACGCUCCGCCUCAAUGGAUCCUUUUCGUUUGCAAACAUCGUCGCGCGAUACAGUGACAUAGCUCCAUCAAGAAAGAAUUGGAUCCAGAGAGGACUUGUCGUCCAACUCAUAUACAGUUGCUUCCGACUUGGAUGUCACCUCAGCUUGAUUCUGGACCUGCCACCGUUACUCAGAUUUGAGGAGAUUAACGUGCCAUUUCCCCCGACUAACGCUGCUUGGGAUGCGCCCGACUCGGAUUGGGUUUCAGCCCUUGCCAACGAACCACCUCAUCGCGCCCAUGGGCCUUUCAAUUUCUUGUGUUCACUUGCAAUGUCUCGCCUGACGGCGGUCGAUCGGCUGAAGUUACCGGGCUUCUUUACGCCUCAGGAUUUCGAACUUGGCAUGUGCGGAAUGCAGUCACGGCUGUGGGAAGAGACCCAAUGUCAGAACAUCAGCGCGAAACUCGCCUUGGCGCACACAAAGUACGAAAUCGACGAGGCCGAUGAGCAAGCUUCGGGGUAUAACCAGAGCUGGCCUGUGCUGAUGGGAAUCUGGCGCGUCACCAUGGAGCAGUUUAGGCAGGCCGGCUUCCACCGUUCAAGCCCCGAAUGUGAGAAGGAAGCCUACAUCAGCGGCAUGACACUCCACCAUGCCGGUUUGAUCCGCGUCUAUUCCGACCUUCCCCUGAUCCGACAACUUGUUCAGGGUCUUUGUGACGGCAGUUCUCCAGCUCAAGCUCAAUACAUUCGGCAAUUGGAAGUCCAGGUGCAACAAUGGGCCAGAUCCCACGGGGUGAAAGAAGCAUUGUGGCACGCAGCACAGAUUGUAUUACUUCUUGACAAGGAGAUACAGGGUACAGACUCCUCGGAACCAUCUACCAUCAGCUUCGUGGCGACAGAAUGUUUGUUCAGAGCCGCUCUGGCCAUCUGGGCAUACUCCCGGUCGAACAUGAUCUGCGACUUGUGUGGACCGGCGGCCGCGGUACCCCAAGACCUGCAUGGCCGACCUUACUCGACGCGCGAUCGGGAACAGUUUGAGCUCACGACGUUGAGUGACAACUCGAAACGGUACGAAUCGUGGUUGAGAAGGGGAGGUCGGUCAUCGAUUGAAGGUGUACUUGUCUGCUCUUGCAACAUGCCUCGUUUGGUGAACAGGUGCUGUGACCUUCUUUCCAAAUGUGCCGUGAUCCCAGGCGGGUGCGACAGAUAUGUCAAUGUACUGAAGAUUUUGGUUCUUCACCCCUAG